AGUGUAUGGGAGAAGUGAUGGGUUGUCGGGAGUCAUGUGUUUGUGUUAUGCAUUGAGAGGAGUGUUGUGUUUGUGUUGACUCAAUGAGCGUAGAGUUGGUGUGUAUUUCACAGACAGUAUUCACAGACAAUAUUUCAAUGUAUGGACUGAUCGCCAAAAAUGGCUGAUAUUUGUUGAUAUAAACGGUAGGUCUGUAUGUCUUCGCCCCUAAACUCAUCACUUAAUCGGCGUUUAUAUUGUUGUAAAUGACAUGAACUGAGCGUUGAAUCCAUUAUUGCAUUCAAAUGUGUGCUUCAAAUGAGUUGUCGUUUGGUUUGCAUUUGUGUUGAAUUGUGUGAAGAAGUGAUUGCAAUACAAGAAGUGAUAGUUUGAUCGAUCGGAUCAGUAGUUGGACUCAAUGGGCGCCAAACAGAGCACAAACUCGACGGCCAGUCCUUCACAUGUGUAUCAAAGUAACGGAUCGUCGCCUUCCGGACACCACAACCACUCCAUGGCCUCCACCUCGUCGUCGGCGACGGCCAGCGGCCGCUCAAACAGCACGAGAGUCACCGCCGGAUCCGCUAACACUCCCACCAGUCAUACCAAUGCUAGUGAUAUACAGACGGCCAGUGAUUGGCGGCAGAGGGCCCGCAGUCUGUCUUCGGUGUUGAGCGCAUCCCAGGCCAACGGCACGGCUAUACAUGUGCCACAAAUGCACUCCACUUUCGGUCUUUCCGUCUCUCCCGACGGCUCCGACACUUCCAACGACGACAACCUCUCAUUUGGUCGCGUCUUCUCUGCCCAUUCAUUACCCGUUCACUUGAUUUCAUUCAAUGGAAUCAAAUGUCCCGUUUGUUCAAAACUUGUAUUACCAGACGAUGUGGAGUGUCAUCUGGUUAUGUGUCUUACAAGACCGCGGAUCAACUAUAAUGAGGAUAUGUUAACUGAAGACAAAGGAGAGUGUGUCAUAUGUCUAGAAGAGCUCAUCAAAGGAAACACUAUCGCAAGGCUUCCAUGUCUUUGUAUAUAUCAUAAAAGUUGUAUCGAUGCCUGGUUUGAAGUGAACCGUUCGUGUCCUGAACACCCUUCAGACUGAUAUGAAAUGUAUAGAAAAAACAAAUAAAUAUAUGUUUUAUUUUUGUUUAUAAUAUAGAGAAACCGAUUGUUUUAUUAUUCACUAAAUUCUAUAAUUUAUAAUAUAUAUAAUAUAUGUUUUAAUAUUACAAAUGUUUUUAAUCAUUCGCUAAUCAAAUGAUAUGAACACUAAAAUGCUUUCCAAAAUGAAGUCAAAAGUGUUGUUCUUUGCAAUCUUUAAAUUACAUGAAUUAGAGAUCAUAUUUGGAAAGAAUUGCUAAUAAAAUGCCAUUUUUGGGUCAUUUCUAACCAUUAAUUCUAACCAUUGUUUGACAAAAACAAACAAAAAGGAUGAGAAAAAUUGUGUUUUAAAUAUUAAAUAAAUUUUAUAGAAUUUGUAAAAAAA